AUGGCUUCUGCUUUCCACCCAGGCAAGCGCCUGUCGUUCAACCGCGACCUCUGCACCGUGCGCUAUGUCGGCCAGGUGCAAGGCACCAAAGGCGAAUGGCUGGGCGUCGAGUGGGACGACCCGACGCGUGGGAAACACGACGGCUCCCACGCCGGCGUGAGGUAUUUUGAAUGCCGGAGAAAACACCCGACUGCGGGCUCCUUCGUGCGUCCCAAUCGCCCGUCUGACCCGCCCGUGUCCUACGUCGAAGCCCUGAAGCAGAAAUACGCCUCCGAGCCCGUCGAGGAUCCGAGUGUCUCAAACAUUGACAUUGUGGUAUUCGGAAAGGCACCCGAAAAUGUCCCGGUGAAUUCGGCCGGCAAGGUCAUCAUGAUCAGCGGCAAGGAGGCUGAGGAAGUGGGCUUCGACAAGAUUCGGAAGAAACUUGCAAACCUGAAGGAACUCCGCAUCGUGCUACUUGAUGGAAUGUGCAUGGAAAGGCCUUUUUCCAAGCUUUUCGAACAAGCUGGCGAGAUGGCCGUUGACCAGCUGACGGACGUCAAGGAUGCAUCGCCUAGCAUCCAGGAAUUGGACCUAAGCCGGAACCUAUUCGAGGAGUGGAGGGAGGUGGCAUCGAUAUGUGUCCAGCUCGAGAGCCUGAGGCGGCUUAAGGUGGACGGCAACCGACUCAGAGACCUCGAACUCGAUGGCUGUCUAUCGUCGGCGUUUACCCACGUCUCAACUCUGAGCCUCGAGGAUACUCUGCUGAGCUGGGAGGAUGUGACAAACAUGUGCUCCGCAUUACCGAGCCUGGCAACAUUGAGCCUCACCAGCAACGCAUUCGACAAGCUGGGGCAGACCUCUCUGCCAUCAACCAUCACCGAGCUUAUUCUGGAGAAGAACUACUUCCGCUCACUGGACGAUCUCCGGUGUCUAACGAAGCUGCCCAACCUUCGAUCGCUCAAGCUGAAGAACAACUUGAUUUCAGGGAUUCUCGGUCCCCAUUCAGCGGGCGGGGAGCCCCUGGUGUUUUCUGAUAGCGUCUCAGAAGUCGAUCUUGUACAUAACUCCAUCGAGGAUUGGGCUUUCAUUGAUAACCUUCCUUCCGUCUUCCCGGGUCUUACAUCCCUUCGGAUUUCCAGCAACCCUCUCUACCACGGCCUACAGGCGGUUGAUGGCAAGCCCCUAACGGCAGACGAUGGCUACAUGCUUACGAUAGCGCGUCUGGGAAAGCUCAAGAUCAUGAAUUUCAGCACGAUCUCCGCAAAAGAACGGCUCAAUGCCGAGACUUAUUACCUUUCCCAAAUCGGCGCCGAGUUGUCCAGCGCACCCGAGGGCCAAGAAUCGAAGGUGAUCGCUACACAUGGGCGAUACUCGGAGUUGUGUGCUGAGUACGGGGAGCCUACGAUCGUCCGUUUGGAUGCCAGUGCGGUGAAACCCAACUCUCUUGCAGCCCGGCUGAUAAAGUUCACCUUCUACCCUGGAAACUCGGUCAAGGCGAAGCUCGGAGCCAGCAGGGGAGCAGCUGAGGAGUUCAGCGCUGAGCUGCCCCGCAGCUUCACUGUUUAUAGUAUGCUUGGAGUAGUGGGCAAGCGGCUCGCGAUGGCGCCACUUGAGCUGCGGCUGUUCUGGGAGACAGGAGACUGGGUGCCGGUAGGGGAGGAGGUCGCAGCGGGGGGUGAGGAAUGGGACUCGAGCGACGACGAGGAUGGCAAGGCGGGCGAAGGGAAGGUGGUUCGAGAGGUGGAGUGGGUUGCGGGGACGAAGAUGGUGGGGACGUGGGUCGAGGGAAUGGAGGCGCGGGUGCGGAUCGAGGUUCAGUAG